UAUUUGUGGGAGUUCUUGUUGCUCCUGCUUCACGACGAGGAGUACUCGCCUAAGUACAUUAGAUGGAUCGAUAGGGAAAACGGAAUUUUCAAACUGGUCGACUCAAAAAGGGUUUCGAAACUUUGGGGCAUGCUGAAGAACAAACCAGGAAUGAAUUAUGAAACCAUGGGAAGAGCUCUCAGGUAUUAUUAUGCCAGAGGGAUCCUACGCAAAGUGGAUGGCCAACGACUCGUGUACCAAUUCGCCCAACUACCAGCACUAAGUGCCAUGUAA